AUGAACCCAAAGCUGAAGGAGGAGGAGAAAGCAGCCUCUUUUCCGACCCUAAUAAUAUGUACAGCUACGUCCAAGUGGACCUCUUCACCUCUGACAUUUUCAAAGAAUGAGGAGGAGAGGGACAAGGCCAUGAAGAGGGUGCACGGCAUGCAGUGGAAAGGCUGGGUGCUCACUGUGCACCUGGCCAAACCCAAGGCUGACCCAAUCCUCAAGAAGAGGGGGGAUGAUGCCGGGCAGCAGGAGCCAGAGGAGGAUGGGGCACCCCUCAGUGUGCAGAUCGCCAACGUGGUGGCGCCACUAGAAGUACUUUAUGAGAAGAAGCAGAAGGUGGAGGGGGUGCUGCAGAGACUGGUCAGAUAAAUGGGCAACACCAACAAAGCGAUGCUGCUCUGGCUGUUUAUUCAGAAGAAGAAUGUCUUAAAUACAUACACUGACUGCACUCCCUGUCUGGGUAUGCACAACUUUGACCCUAAUCCUAUUUCCCCUACUCUUAUCAUGCAGACUGAAUACAGGAACAAGUGUGAGUUCGUGAUUGGUAUUGGAGCGAAUGGAUAAGAUAAGACCAUAGGCUUCAGACUGGGGAAGUACAGAGGGGGCUCCUGUGCCAUGGUGGGAUCCUCAGACAGCAUCCACAUCACCACUAAGGCCAAGAGAGUGGUCUGCGAGUUCCAAAAAUGUGUUUGGACAACCUCAUACUCCAUGUAUAGGCCUGAGGCAUACGAGUUCCACUGGAAGUCGCAAACAGUGCAGACCACAACAAGGACCAAGCAGGCCGUGGCGGUGGUGUUCUUUAACCCACAGGUGCAGAAACCAGAAAUCAAAUACCCUGAAGAGUAUUUCACCGAGGAUGACAAUAAAGAUGAUGUAACUGCUCUGUACUUUGUGUCAGCAAGACAAAGGCAAUCCCCUAACCCAGAGGACUUGCCGUGUGAGCUAGUAGCUGGAGAGAAGUGUAUUCAUGAGGAGCUUCUUGGCCUGGAGUUCAGGAUAUCCCCUUAUUAUUUUUUUCCAGCUGUAUAAUAUGUCACUGAGCAGGUGAACACAGGGGCAGCAGAGGUACUGUACUCAGCUGUAGGAGAAUGGGCCCAGCUGGACAAGGACAGCACUGUGCUGGAUGUAUGCUGCAGAGAAGGAACUAUUGGCAUCUCCCUGGAUAAGAGGGUGAGGAAAGUGAUUGGGAUAGAGAUGUUUCAGGAAACAGUGAAGGACACCAAAGUCAACGCGAAGAUCACUGGGCUGAUUAACAUUCAGUUCCACUGUGGAAAGGCUGCUGAAGACAUUCAAAUGGUGCUCAGCACUGUCAUAUCCCCAAACAUCACAGCCAUCGUGGACCCACCCAGAGCAGGCCUACAUCCCAAGGUCAUUCUGGCGAUAGAGCAUGUGAAGAGGCUGGUUUAUGUGGCGUGCGACGUUAAGGCUGCCAUGAACAACUUCAUUGAUCUUUGCAGGGCUCCCUCUAACCGUGUACGUGGAGCUCCAUUCCGUCCAGUUCGGGCCAUGGCUGUGGACCUCUUCCCCCAGACCACACACAGAUGCUGCUGCUCUUUUAGAUGGUGAACUAGUUACGAAGUUAUGAAGAAUGCCUGUAUUGAUACACCAUCCAAAGGGAUAU